ACUACAAGUCAAGUUUAACGCAGCCACAAGACGCUCGAUAUUGUGCAAGUCUCAGCACAGGCUGUCAUUUGUGCUUUUAUGAUGGCAUUAAACUGCAGCACAUUCAGUCGGCUUAUCUCUGGAGCUCAGACCGCGGCUGAGGCCUGCGCACAGCGGGCAGUUCAACAGACAUGUGGGAGAUACAGAGUGUGUCGAAGAAGGUAUUCCAGUGUCACUCCUGAAGAGAACAGACUGGAGCAGGUGUGUGUGUCAGACUCCGACACAACUGCACAGGUCCGAGAGCUUGUGGUUCCAGGUGGUAAUCGGCGAGUUCUGAAGGACGUCCUGCCUUUCUCAGCAUUUCUUACCGACUCUUUUGGACGGAGGCAUAAUUACCUUCGCAUUUCCCUCACUGAGAAAUGUAACCUCCGCUGUCAGUACUGUAUGCCACAAGAAGGAGUAAAACUCAGCCCUCGCUCUCAGCUGCUAACAACAGAGGAGCUCCUGACGUUAGCCAGACUCUUCGUACGGCAGGGGGUGAACAAGAUCCGGCUGACUGGAGGAGAACCUCUCAUUCGCCCAGACGCUCUGCAUAUCAUAGCGGAAUUGAGGAAGUUGGAGGGUCUGAAGACCAUUGCAGUCACCACAAACGGCAUGAAUCUGAGCCGGCUGUUGCCCGGUUUGAAGAAAGCUGGAGUGGAUCUGCUCAACAUCAGCCUGGACACCCUGGUCCCGGCCAAAUUUGAGUUCAUCGCUAGACGAAAAGGGUUUCAUAAAGUGAGGGAAGGCAUUGAAGAGGCUAUUGAAAUGGGCUACGAUCCAGUCAAGGUGAACUGUGUGGUCAUGAGAGGUCUGAAUGAAGACGAGUUGGUUGACUUUGUAUCUCUGACAGAGAGGAAACCAUUGGAUGUGAGAUUCAUUGAGUACAUGCCGUUUGAUGGGAACAGAUGGAACUUCAAGAUGAUGGUGAGCUUUCAGGAGAUGCUGGACUGUAUAAAGCAAAAAUGGCCCAAUCUGGAACCUGUGCCUGGAGAGGAAACCGACACAGCCAAGGCGUUUAGAGUACCAGGAUUUCGAGGCCAGCUGGGCUUCAUUACCUCCAUGUCAGACCAUUUCUGUGGUUCCUGUAACCGCCUGCGCAUCACGGCCGAUGGCAACCUGAAGGUUUGUUUGUUUGGGAAUUCAGAGGUGUCUUUGAGGGAUAUUCUGCGCUCUGGAGCACCUGAAGAGGAACUACUGCACAUCAUAGGGGCAGCAGUCGGGAGGAAGAAGAAACAGCAUGCAGGGAUGUUCAAUAUAUCUCAGAUGAAGAACAGGCCGAUGAUCCUCAUUGAUAAACAUCACAGCUGGCGUCUUCCUCUGAUCCACAGCAUUGAUCCAGCAGCCUCUUUACCACAUCACACUCAACACUUUACUAGUAAUGUCCAUCAGGACGACACAAGCACUUGUGUUAAUGAUGCACAAGGCUUGACUCAUUUUCAUAGAAAGGAUAAUCCCAUGAUGAGCAUUAAUAAUCUACGACACAUGCGCGCAGCCUCAUUGGCACUUUGCAGUGACGCGAUGACCGAAUCUCAUCGUGCCUCAAAGCCCCCUCCUACACACAUGCUGCCCUGGAGGUCUCGCCCAACUCAGCUACAGUCCAAAACGUUGGCUCCUGUCCCCCUUCCCAGUGCACUACUGUCCACAUACAGAUUUAGAGAUGCAUCUCUGCAGUUUGCACGCCACUGCCACAAAAAAACAGGGUUCGAUUUGAAAAUGCCACAUGCAGACGCACAAUCGUCCAGCUUUGAUGGAACCUCUGACGGGUUGACCCACACUGAUGCCCAGGGUAAAGCCUCCAUGGUUAAUGUGGGCAGUAAGGCGGUAACUUGUCGCACAGCCACAGCUUGUGGUAAAGUCAUCCUGGGUCCAAAAGCUUUUCAUCUGGUGUGUGUCAACCAGCUCGCCAAGGGCGAUGCCCUAGCAGUAGCACAGCUAGCGGGCAUCAUGGGUGCCAAGCAGACCUCAUCCCUCAUUCCCCUCUGUCACCCGCUUCCUCUGGACCAUGUGUCCGUUACCGUCGAGCUGCUGGAAGAAGCACAUGCCGUCAUCGUGAAGGCGACCUGCCAAACCACGGGCCGCACGGGAGUGGAGAUGGAGGCUCUGAGCGCCGUCACCGUCGCCUCGCUAACUCUCUACGACAUGUGCAAGUCAGUCAGCCGGGACAUUAUCAUCACUGACAUCAAGUUACUCAGCAAGACGGGUGGGCAGAGAGGAGAUUUCCAUCGCUGACCGACUCCUAAAGAACGCACAUCAACCUGUGUGAAUGUAGCUUAGUUCUUCUCUCUAG